AUGUGUGAACGAAGUUUGUUCAUAUUUGACGAAGUGGAUAAGAUGCCACCGACAGUAAUGAAUGCAAUAAAACCGUUCAUUGACCACUAUGAACACUUGGAGGGAAUUGAUUAUCGAAAGAGUGUGUUCAUCUUUCUGAGUAAUUCUGGUGGUAAUGAAAUAACCGAAAAAACGCUAAAACAUUACCAAUCUGGUGAACUGCGUGAAAAGAUCACACUGAAUGAAAUGGAGAAAGUUCUUAUACCGAGUGCAUUUAACGCUGAUGGUGGUUUAAAAAUGAGUGAGCUGAUUUCAACGCAUUUGAUCGAUCAUUUCAUACCGUUUCUACCGCUGGAAAGGCGGCAUGUUCUAUUGUGUAUUCGAGACUAUAUGAAAUCACACAAUUUCACACCGACUGAUGAACGAAUCGCAAAAAUUGCUGACUCCUUACAGUAUUUCCCCAAAUCGGACCCGAUCUAUUCGUCGUCCGGAUGCAAGAGGGUUGCGCAAAAAACCGAACUCUUGAUAUCAGCCGAACGAGCGAAGGAACGAGAACGUUUACGAAGAUUGAAUUCACUUGAUGAUAAUGAUGAUGAUAAGACUGAUCAUAUCGAUGAUGAUUCACUUUGA